UUUCGAUAUUGCUCAGCUGACUCUCCUACAGCCUGCUUAUACUUUAACUACAACACAUUGACUUCCAAUUUUUUCGAUUUUUCCUCAUCCUGUUAUUAAUUGUUGUUUUUUAUUUGAUGUUUCGAAGUUGUUUCGGUAGCUGAUCAAAAAGGCGAUGGCAUCCGCAAGCAACCAUAUUCACGGAGCCCAUUCCCUCCUCGAUGGUCUGCAGAUUCGCUUCAGCGAUAAAUAUCGACCUGCUAAACGAAUCGUUCUAGCUCCAGACUAUGUCCACCGCACCCAGGAGGACAUGGCAGCGAUACUGGACUUGGAUUAUAAUUUCAGAUUAGAAACAUCAGUGUUAUCCAAUCAGAACUCCAAUGGAAACUGGUUGUCGUUGUUCAAAGAAGAGGAUGCUCAGAUGAAGGACAGUGCCAGCCAGGAGAAUUCGCUAGCCCCUUCGUCUUCGCAGCACAGAGGGCCGUCCCCUAGCAGCAAUAAACCAGCUCGCCCUCCUCCUCCCCAGCCCCACGCUCACAGUAGCGCUUCUGCUGAAGGAACGGCCGCGGUCAGAUUAAGUCCCACGUCAGCGUCCGUCACGUAUCAACAGUCGGUUCCCCUCCAACCACAAAAAGUCAGCCCACAACCACAGAUUCCGCGACCUAACGGAGCAACUAAUCACUCGUUCCGUGUUGAAGAUUUCGAACCCAACGCUGCCAAUCCUUUCGAUGCGGAGGAACUGAAAAGUUUGAACGAUAUGGAGGAAUUGCAGCGGGUGCUCCAGUCGCCACACUAGUGAGUGUUAGCUUGAGUGUUCUCUUUCUUUGCUUUCUUUUGAUUAAUAUCUUGAUAGCGGUACACGCUAGUCGUUUCUCCCGAUAUUCGUUGACGUAACAUCCGCUUGUAUUUUAUUUUGUUUCAGGACUGAGCACGUUUUUCACGGUUUUUGUCUAAAUUCGACAGAUUCCAUUUUUUAAUGAAUUCGAUUGAUGGUUAAAAUGUGUUUACUUAAACUUUGGUUUUUCUGUGAAUACGCAGAAUACGCUGGUGUGAGCUGAUAAAUGCGCAAGCUAAGA